AUGUCCGGUCAUAUCUGUAUAUAUGUGUGCAGCGCCCUGUGCCUGCAUUGGACUGCUCAGAGCAACACAUUUAACACUUGCAAACUGUACAGAGAAGGCAUGGAGAGGGAGAUUGGUCCAGAGUAUGAGCUGAACGAGAUAGAUGGCGGCACGUUGCAUGGCUCUGUGGGGAGCAGGCUCUCCCUGUUCGCCAGGGAGUUCAAGUGGAGAAGCAGCAGCUGGCAUAGCAGCAGCGCCUUGAGGCUCCCCAACAAUUGCUAUGGCAGCAGCUUUGUCAUCGACCCCAAUGGAAGAUGGUACAGGAUGUGGUCGAACAUGAUGUUCCUCUGGUCCAUCUACUCCGUCUUCUACACCCCCUUCGCCUUCUGCUUCUUCCGGGGCAUCCCCGAGCACCUGCUGGACCUCGAGUGCGUGCAGCUCAUCUUCCUCGCCGACGUCGCCGUCCACUUCUUCCUCGCCUACCGUGACCCUCACACCCACCGGGUGGUCUACGACCAGCAGAGGAUCGCGCUACGCUACAUCAAGGGCAGCUUCGCUCUCGACAUGCUCGGAUGCUUCCCCUGGGACGCAGUCUACAAGUUUACGGGGAGGAUGGAGGUGGUGAGGUACCUGGUGUGGCUGCGGCUGUACAGGGCGAGGAAGAUCCAGGGCUUCUUCAAGAAGAUGGAGAAGGACAUCCGCAUCAGCUACCUCUUCACGCGGAUCGCGAAGCUGGCCACCGUGGAGCUCUACUGCACGCACACCGCCGCCUGCGUCUUCUACUACCUCGCCACCACGCUGCCCCCGGCGCGCGAGGGGGGCACCUGGAUCGGGAGCCUCGCCAUGGGCGACCAGAGCUACAUCAACUUCAGGAAGGUCGACCUGCUCACCCGCUACAUCACCUCCCUCUACCUCGCCAUCGUCACCAUGGCCACAGUCGGCUAUGGUGAUGUGCAUGCGGUGAACCCGAGGGAGAUGGUGUUCAUCGUGGUGUACGUCUCCUUCAGCAUGCUGCUCGGCGCCUACCUCAUCGGGAACAUGACGGCGCUCAUCGUCAAGGGGUCCAGGACCGAGCGGUUCCGGGACAAGAUGACGGAGCUCAUCAGGUACAUGAACAGAAACCGGCUGUGCAGCGACAUCAGCUCCCAGGUGAAGGCGCACCUGCUGCUGCAGUACGAGAGCAGCUACAAGAGAGACAGGAUCGUCGACGACAUACCCGCCGCGGUCCGACCCAAGACACUGUACCUGGAAACGGUCUCAAAAGUGCACCUGUUCAGAGGAUGCUCAGAAGACUUCCUGAGCCAGAUUGUGGUUAAAAUACAGGAAGAAUUCUUCCUCCCCGGGGAAGUUAUUUUGGAGCAAGGCACUGUAGUGGAUCAGAUAUACAUUGUGGCACAUGGAUGUCUGGAAGAGUUCGCCGCCGCCGGAGAAGGCGGAUCAGAAGAGAUCGUCUCAGAGCUGCUGCCCUACGACAUAGUCGGCGACGUCGCCGUGAUCUGCAACACUCGACAGCCAUACACAGUUAGAGUCAGUGAACUCUGCAGCCUCUUGAGAAUUGACAAGCAGUCCCUGACUAGCAUCUUGCAAAUGUACCUCAAGGAUAGCCGUCAGAUACUGAGCAACCUACUCAAGGGGAAACGAACAGAGUCAAAGGGGAAGCAACUAGAAUCAGAUAUCACAUACCUUAUAGCAAAGCAAGAAGCUGACAUGGUCCUUGGAGUCAACAAUGCUGCCUACCAUGGAGAUUUGUUUCGGUUGAAAGGCUUGAUCGGUGCAGGAGCAGAUCCGAGUAAACCGGAUUACGACGGGAGGACCUCCUUGCAUGUGGCUGCAUCAAGAGGAUACGAAGAUAUCGUCAGGUUCCUUAUCCAGCGAGGAGCAAACGUCAACAGCAUAGAUAAGUCUGGGAAGUCGCCGCUGCUGCAAGCGGUGAAAUCAGGGCACGAGAGGAUCAUCUCGCUGCUGGUGGCGCACGGCGCGGCGCUGAACCUGGAGGACGCAGGAGGCUACCUGUGCAGGGUGGUCGCCCAGGGCAAGAUCGACCUGCUGAGGAGGCUGCUCAGGUUCGGCAUCGACCCCAACUGCAGGAACUACGACCGGAGGACGCCGCUCCACGUAGCCGCCAGCGAGGGCCUGCACCUCGUCGCUGGGAUGCUGGUGGAGUUUGGUGCUGACCUUGUGGCCGCAGACAGGUGGGGCAACACCCCGCUCGACGAAGCACAACGGUGCGGCUGCAAGCCGCUGGUGAGGAUCCUGGAGCAGGCUAGAGCUGCUGCUGCUGCCGAUCAUUAG